AUGGCGACGCAUGCGCAGUACGCGAUGAGCGACGAUGGCAUGAGUGGCAUCGGCGGUGGCGGCCGCUACACAGCGGCGAACGCGAAGAAGCGGCUCGUGCGCAAGAUCCAGCAAGACAGCUUGAAGCAGCUCGCACUCUCGACGAGCGCCGUCCUCGUGCGCGCGCCGACGAACCCGUACUACUCGUACCACAUGACCAUCACGUCCGAGUACUACAAGCAAAAGUGGAUCGUCUGCCACCGCUACUCGGAGUUCCAUCGGCUCCGGAAGCGCAUUCUCGACCAGCUCGAGAUCCACAUGAAGAUGAGCUGCGCGUACUGCAAAGCGCUGCACGGCCAGAUCGCCAAGUUUGACUUUCCCGGUCGAUCGAGCAUCUUCAAGAAGGUCGAGGUAGCGGCGCAGGUCACCGCGCGCACGAGUGGCCUCGAGGACUUUGUCGUUGCGCUCGCCCAGUACCUCAGCGCCGAAGGGAUCACGGUGCACUGCAAGAACAUCCUCGCGAUUCAAGUCAUGACCAAGGACUUUUUGCAGUUUCCGCUGGCCCACGAAGAGCAGCACAUUCGCGCGAUCAAGUCGCUGACGUACGUCGACCCACGGGACGUGCGCGUCGACACGGACUCGUGCCCGAUCUGCCUCAACGACUGGGGCAGCUCGACGGCAACCAGCUCGUGCUCUCGCUCUGCGGCCACUUCUUCCACGAGCACUGCAUCAACGAGUGGUACACCACACGCUUCGACUGCCCCAUGUGCCGCCAGAUCGCCGGCACAUGAGCCCACAUGACGACCAACUGGACGCGCGCUCGCGAUCGCAGCGAAGCUUGCGCCAGUAUCCUUUUACACGCUGCUAUCUAAUGCCAACGGACAUAAAAACAUGCUUCGUUGCGUCUGUACAAAA